AUGGAGCCGAAAGUUAAUUUAAAACAAGAUCCCGCGUACGUAGAAAUUCAGAAAUUCUACCAUGCGAACGGUGCACAAAUAAAUAUACAAAAAUUAUUCCAACAAGACUCCGAUCGCUUCAACAAGUUCAGUCUUCGCAUCCCUACACCUUCUGACGGAGACAUCUUACUGGAUUACUCCAAAAACCGCAUCAAUGAUGAGUUAUGGAACCUGCUGCUUAGUCUUGCCAAAAGCCGCAAUGUUGAGAAGGCUAGAGAUGCCAUGUUCUCAGGGGAAAAAAUAAACUUCACGGAAGACCGUGCUGUUUUGCAUAUUGCUCUUCGAAACAGACAAAACCGUCCGAUAUUGGUAAACGGUAAGGAUGUAACUCCAGAUGUGAAUGCAGUGCUGGCACACAUGAAGGAAUUUACUGGACAAGUUGUGAGUGGACAGUGGAAAGGUUAUACAGGCAAGGCCAUUACGGAUGUGAUCAAUAUCGGGAUUGGAGGAUCAGACUUGGGUCCCCUCAUGGUCACGGAAGCACUAAAGCCUUACGCCAAUCACCUCAAGGUACACUUCGUAUCAAACAUCGAUGGCACACACCUGGCGGAGGUCCUCAAACGUCUGAACCCCGAGACGGCCCUGUUUAUCAUCGCCUCCAAGACAUUCACAACCCAGGAGACGAUUACCAACGCCACUUCAGCCAAGACGUGGUUCCUUGAGGCGGCCAAAGACCCUUCGGCGGUGGCGAAGCAUUUUGUGGCGUUGUCGACUAAUGCGGAGAAAGUGACGGCGUUUGGUAUCGACGCGAACAACAUGUUCGGCUUCUGGGACUGGGUCGGUGGCAGGUACUCGCUCUGGUCUGCGAUCGGUCUAUCUAUAUCCCUGUACAUCGGAUAUGAUAACUUCGAGAAGCUUCUAGAAGGGGCCAACUUUAUGGACAACCAUUAUACAACUGCACCACUUGAGAAAAAUGCUCCUGUAAUCUUAGCUCUGCUCGGGGUGUGGUACUCGAACUUCUACGGCGCAGAGACACAUGCGCUGCUGCCUUAUGACCAAUAUCUACACAGGUUUGCUGCGUACUUCCAACAAGGCGAUAUGGAAAGUAACGGCAAAUAUGUCACCCGCUCUGGUUCGCAAGUGGACUACAGUACGGGACCUAUAGUUUGGGGUGAACCCGGGACUAAUGGACAGCACGCCUUCUACCAGCUCAUACACCAGGGUACCAGACUGAUCCCGUGUGACUUCAUAGCCCCAGCGCAGACGCACAACCCUAUAUCUGGUGGAGUGCACCACAAGAUCCUUCUCGCCAACUUCCUCGCGCAGACCGAGGCGCUCAUGAAAGGGAAGACUGCGGAUGAGGCUAAAGCCGAGCUGGAGAAGUCAGGCAUGGCUCCGGAGGCGGUAGCCAAGAUCCUUCCUCACAAGGUGUUCUUGGGCAAUCGGCCCACCAACUCUAUCGUAGUGAAGAAAGUGACUCCCUUCACUCUCGGCGCUCUUAUUGCUUUAUAUGAACACAAGAUCUUCACCCAAGGGGUGAUCUGGGACAUCAACUCCUUCGACCAGUGGGGGGUGGAGCUCGGUAAGCAGCUCGCCAAGGCCAUAGAACCGGAACUGCAGGACAACGCGCCUGUCACCUCGCACGACGGCUCCACAAAUGGUCUUAUUAAUUUCUUGAAGGCUAACUUUUAA